AUGAGUUCAUUUUCUCUUGCUUCAUGGUCAGAAAGUCCUAUUUCUAUCGUCUUCCCGAAACUCAUGCAAAUAAAUCAAGUGCGGGUAAACCAGCUGAAGCAAAUCAAUAAAAAAAAGCUACGAUUCCAACAUGCCAAGAUUCAAGGACAGUCGAACAUGGACAAUACGGGGCAAGUUGCGUGUCAAAUAGCACCAAGGAAGUCCAAUCGAUAA